ACAUGCACCACCAUCAUACAAAUCAUAUCCUACCGUCCAGUCUUAUUGAUAAAGCUUCAAUUCCACGCAAUGUCUAUCGCUUCCCUUCAAGAUAAGGUUGCUAUAAUCACCGGGUGCAGUUCCGGUAUAGGCCUCGCGACAACCCGCCUCUUCCUGGAACGUGGAGCUUCUGUCUUUGGUAUAGAUAUUGGUGCACAGCCCCAGAAGCUCAUUGAGGACUUUUCGACUUUUAUCUUCUAUCAGUCCAAUCUUACAGAUUCUCAAGCCGUUGAACAUGCAGUGGCAAAAUGCAUUGGCAAGCACGAUCGUAUUGACGUCCUGGUCAACUGCGCGGGCGUUAGUGACGGGUGGAGUAGCGCCGACACCAUCCACGAGGAAGAAUGGGAAAGAGUCAUGGCCAUUAACUUGACCGUGCCGAUUCGUAUGAUGAAAGCAGUACUGCCCGCCAUGAAAUCACAGAAAAAGGGUGCUAUUGUCAAUGUGGCUAGCAAGGCGGGCAUGUCUGGCGCAAGUGCAGGAAUUGCUUAUACAGCCAGCAAACAUGGCUUAGUUGGUGCUACCAAAAAUGUCGCAUGGCGGUUCCAUAACGAAGGAAUUCGCUGCAAUGGCGUGCUACCAGGAAGCGUCGCCACAAACAUUGCAAGUUCAGUGCAGAUGGAGCAUUUUGAUUCCGCCGGCUUCAACGCUUUUUUCCCGAUUGUGCAGCUUCACGUGUCCAAAGAUAACGAGGGAACACCUGUUCCCUACAUAAGUGUUGAUCAUGUCGCGCGGGGUAUCGCCUUCCUCGCCUCAGACGAAUCACAAAUGAUAAACGGCGCUAUGGUUCCUAUUGAUAAUGCGUGGUCCACAAUAUAACGCACACGAAGGGUAAGCAGCCCAGACGUGUGCAUAUUAGUCGAUUUAUCAAAACACCAGUAUAGUUAUGGCUAUCUCUUACGGCUCAUCUGGAUGUCUAUGCUUAUGGAACGUAAUGUGUCUUAGUCCCCCGGAUCUGGUGCGCCUGUAGUACUCGGACUUCUUCCAGCAAUCGUUAUCGUAACCCCAGUAGAACUACCCAUGCUAGCAGUACUAGUACCAAUAGCUGUCCCCUCCUUGAGCCCUGGUGUACAGAGUUCUUUUCCGCGGAGCGAAAUGAUACUAAAUCAAAAGUACCCCUAUAUUUUGUUUCCAUCAUUGCACAGGAUUAGGAAAGUUUUGAUUGACGCCAGUUGGAUCAGGCCAAGAAAUUUUGGCUUCCGCUC